CGGCUGUGGAGCGUGUUGUUCGGUGCGGCAAAAAUUAAGCGAAUCAACGUCUUGGAAAUAUCGCAUAAAAGAGGAUACGGGAAUCAAAUCCAAAUAACACCAGAUACUCUCCGAAUUCCAACAAUAGAGAGCACCUCACUCCUUUUCAAAUUGAAGUCACACCUCUGUACUCGAAAUGUCCGGUAUGAUAACGCUGCGUCGCUUCAUCGACUUCCUCCUAUUUGUCGUACUAAUUGGCGUCGUGAUCGCGCUGUCCCACUUGAUGCCGCUACAGAAGCGCGGCUUCUUUUGUGGCGAUGAGUCGUUGCAGUACCCCUUCACCGGCAGACAGACUUUUGGUUUUGGCGCGCUAUGCAUUGUCGCCCUUGGCAUCCCCUUCUUCGUCAUCCUCACCGUGGAACUCUUUCGACAACUAUCGCCUAGCCGUGGCAAACAGCAUGGGCAUGUAGCGCACGAAUCCAACGACGACUCUUGCCGCUGCGGACGCCGCUGGAAGAAUAUCUACGCACGGCUCGGCUACUAUUUGCUGGGCAUGCAGAUGACGCUAAUCGCCACCGAGAUACCAAAGCGCGCCAUCGGGCGCCUGCGCCCAUACUUCUUCAGCAUUUGUAAACCACGUCUGGCCGAUGGCACCAACUGUGACAUUGAACUCAAUGAAGGCCAAUACUUCGCCGAAUACACUUGCGAAAAUGAUCUUAGCCAGAAAAUGAUGGCCGAAAUGGCAAAGUCUUUUCCCAGCGGACACUCCUCACUCGCAUUCUACGCCAUGGUUUACAUCGCACUGUACCUGCAAGUGGCGCUCAGUACACGCGGCUCCAAGCUACUCAAACAUUUCCUGCAAUUUGGCUUUGUUAUGUUGGCUUGGCUUGUGGCGCUGACACGCGUCACCGAUCACUGGCAUCACUGGUCCGAUGUGCUGGUGGGUAUACUGUUGGGCACGCUAUUCGCCUUACUGGUGGCGCGAUACGUGGCCAAGUUGUUUGAGGGCCGUUGCUUGACAUCCACAUUAGCCGCGUCGGAAAAAAUAAUGGCGCAUGCCAGCAUAGCCUCCGCGUCGGCGCAAUCGGCGACACCGGCAUUGCCUGCGUACACAUUUGGCAGUGUGCCGUAUCUGCAGCACCACGGACCAAAUAACGCCGCCGAGGAUCAGACAUACCGCAAUUACGGCUACGUGGCAUAAAGCGGGCAUAGCGGAUGGAGAGAUGAAGAAAAUGGGCACGAAUGGCAGCUGUAGUGCAAAAACAAAAGGAAAUACGAGUACGUCGAAGUGUAUUUGAGUUGCAGUGAAAGCCGUUGUAAUUUUGUUAUAAUUUUAUUAUUUCUUCAUGUUUUGCUUAAAUUUAAGUUUUCGACGCACGCAUGUGGUGGCAUUGGAAUUCGAAAAGAAAAGCUCAGUGUUUCGAACUGCAUUUAUAUGUACAUUGAAUGCAGCAUUAUUCGGUUGAGUGAUUUUGUUCAAGUCUUCCACAUCAGAGUCGAAUUUUAAUUGUAACUUAUUUGUUAAAAAAAUAAAUGAAUAAAAAAGCAUGCCUUA